AUGAACACCCUUCGCUUCUUCCCUCAAGGAGAAAAGAACUGUUACCUUUUGCCAGGCCGAGGCCAGAGCAGGGUGCUCCUUCGUGCCGGGUUCUACUACGGGAACUACGAUGCUACCUCCAAGCCCCCCACGUUUGACCUCCAGUUCGAUGGCCAUCAGUGGGCGACCGUUGCGACUUCUCUCGAUGAGGAUCCCAUCUACCAUGAAGUGGUUUAUAAACCCAAUGGAGGUAGCAUCAGUGUCUGCCUUGUGAGGAGAGGAGCUGAUGGUGGGAUUCCCUUCAUUUCUUCUCUUCAAGUCACGCCAUUUCCAGCAGAUAUAUAUAGAGAGAUGGAUGAGAACAUGGGAUUCUAUCUACGGAGCAGAGCCGACUUUGGAGGUUUCACUGACAUCAGGAUUGGUGUUGGUAUGGAUGAGAAGUUUAACAGAAUUUGGAAAGCAAAAGGAAUGCCAAAUUAUCCGAAUGCAUCUAGCAUCCCACCAAAAAUCUCAAUUACUGCUGAGAAUUACCUUCCUUUCUGGGUCAUAAACACAGCUAUAACAGCAUCAAAUUCUUUAGAGUCCCUUGUUUUGCUAAUUGAGCUUCCACCGAUCAACCAGAGAGCUUACAUCAUAUUAUAUUUCAUGGAGGUGGUCCCUAUCUCAGAUGCCAUCAUUGGCAGGAAUUUCGCAAUUUAUAUAAAUGGUCAGGCAAGUAACCACACCAUACAGCUCAAAAAUGACUCCUGCCAAGUGGUGUCUUUCUACACAAAUGAGUUCUCAGGCCCUGCCAAUUUGACAUUAUCUCCACUGGAGGGUUCUAUAUUACCUCCCAUCAUCAAUGCCAUGGAGGUAUUCACUACAAUCAACUUGGAUCAGCAAGCGGGAGGUCCAAGUGGCAACCACUUCAAUCCGUUCGGUAUGAGUAAUAGUGAACCAUCUUCAAUGCUUCUAAUACCGGCAAUCUUUAUUCUUGAUGUUGUUACUUUAUUUUUGUAA